AUGUCCACAGCUUCUUUGAAGGAGGUGGAGGUUCAACUGGCCAAUCUACAAGCGCUGGUAGCCAAAGCUCAAGACAACAGAGCAUCUGAGCUCGAGUCCCAAUGCGUUCAUGCUGCGAGGAUUGCACAGCAGCUGCGCAAUAUCACCAAGCCUCCCGGUGAGAUUGCUCAUGAGAUAACGAUGAUGCCUUAUAUUACAACGGCAACCCGGCUUGCCAUUGACUUGGGCAUCUUCAAGUCACUAUCCGCUGCGUGCCCCAAGCAUCAAACAUCUCAAGACCUCGCCGAUUAUGCUUUGGCAAACACGGACGCCAAAGCCGUCUCGCCCGACUUCAUCGCCCGUACGAUGCGCCUCCUCACUCUCUACGGUCUCGCCAUAGAGUCCGAUUACGGCACACACGUUGCCAACAGCACCACGCACGCCUUUGCAGCACCGGAUGAAGCAAUGCAGAGUCUGGUCGUCCACUUCUUCGAAUUCUACAACCCCGCGCUGGAGCACUCGGUGAGCUACUUUGCCGAGCAAGGAUACGUCUUCCCUACUGAAGACAGUGUGGGCCCUUUUCAAAGCUUCUGGCAAGUCGAUAUCCCGACUUAUGAAUUCUGGUUAAGGCAGCCACCUGUAGUACUUGAAAGAUUGAACAAGUUUAUGAAGGCGGUGCAUUCGGUGGCUUGGUAUGAGUGGAUUGAUGUUGGAGAGAUGUUCAAGAAGAGGAUUGAGGAGGUCGGAGGCGGUCAUGAUAAGGAGAGGUUGCUGCUGGUUGAUCUUGUGAAGGGCAGAAUAGCGCUCGAAGAGAGGCCGCCAGUGAUCAAGGAUGCACUUGCCGCUGCGGCCGGCUUGGGGUAUAGUGAGAAGACUGGAAUGGCUGGAGUCGACUACGUGGCACACAACUUCCUCGAACUUCAACCGACAGAAACUCAAGGAAGUUUGUACUACUACUUGAGCUAUGUGCUGCACAAUUGGAACGAUGAGACGUCGAUUCGGUUGCUGAAGCAGGUGGCGAAGGCUGUGCGGCCGGGCUACAGUCGGCUGUUGAUCAAUGAGAGGGUGCUUCAACCUACGGGGAACGACCUUCAAAAAUCUGGUUUGGACUUCCACAUGGCCUUCUCACAUGGAUCGAAGGAGCGUACCCUGGCCGAGUAUGGCGAGUUGGUGAAAGCUGCAGGAAUGGAGGUGAUCAAGUAUCAUAGAUCACCCGACGAUGGGCAGGAUCUUGUGGAAUGUGCUCUGUCAUGA